AUGUCUUACCAAGAGCAGCAGUGCAAACAGCCCUGCCAGCCUCCUCCUGUGUGCCCACCCACAAAGUGCCCUGAGCCUUGUCCUCCUCCAAAGUGCCCAGAACCUUGUCCUCCCCCAAAGUGUCCUGAGCCUUGUCCUCCCUCAAAGUGUCCUGAGCCCUGUCCUCCUCCUAAGUGCCCCGAGCCUUGCCCCCCUCAGCCAUGCCAGCAGAAAUGCCCUCCUGUGCAACCUCCUUCACCCUGCCAGCAGAAGUGCCCACCCACGAGCAAGUGA